GUCGGCUUUAAGACUUUUAAAUUUCUUCCGCUUCUGUUGCUUGUAAUCCAAAUUUUGCACACACACACACACACCUAUCUCUACAUACAAACACAAAGCGCAUCUAUCCAAUCCAUACUACUACUUUGAGGAAACAGCAAGUCAGUGAUUCGUCCAUAAUAGACGCAUUAUCUUAGGAUAUAGUAUAGCGCAGAUAUUAAAUACACAACAAUCAUCAUUUUUUAAACACGGGUUGUCUAUCUUGCUAACAGUCAUGAAAGACAACGCUGUCGAAAACCAAAUCGAAGAGGGUCACUAUAAAAUCUCGACGACAUCCGCCGACAUUGAUGAUCACGACGCAAAUAGCAUCAAAGGUUCUGGAAAAACUCGAAAGUUCGUUUACACUCCAGAUGAAAAGAGAUUGCUUCGAAAAAUCAAUUUUGCUACUGUGCCCUUUAUAUGUGCCAUCGUAUUUCUUCAGUACCUCGACAAAGUCGCCCUAAAUUUCUCUGCAGUCAUGGGCCUCUAUGAAGACACAAAUUUGAAUGGCGCCGAAUUUAGUUGGUUAGGGUCCGUUUUCUAUUUAGGAUAUCUACUUUUUCAGGUGCCGGGCCAAUAUUUUAUCCAGCGAUUUCCAAUGUCAAAAUAUCUGGGCACGUGCCUAGUACUCUGGGGUGCUGUACUUGCUUGCACAGCGCUUGCAACCAACUUUUCUCAACUAAUGGUCCUACGGUUUUUGCAAGGUUUUUUUGAGGCUUCGGCGUAUCCAUGUAUACAAUUACUUAUAAGCACUAUUUACCGUCGGUCUGAACAAGUUAUCUUGUUCGGUAUAUUGAUGAUGUCCAACAAUUUUGGAAUAUCUAUUGGUGGUUUGAUCGGAUUCGGAUUUCUGAACCUUGACGGUGUACAUGGUUUGAGUGGCUGGAGAUGGUGUAUGAUCAUUUUAGGUUCCGCUACUGGGAUCGUCGGUAUCCUGACGUUUAUUUUCCUUCCUGACACUGCAAAGUCGCGAUGGUACCGAUUGACUCCAAAAGAGGUCAGCAUUGUGCAAGAUCGAAUGCGCGAUAACAAGGUUGUACAGAAUAAAGUAAUCAAGUUCGAUCACAUAUGGGAAGCUUUACGAGAAUCAAGGUUCUAUUGCUACGUUCUGAUAUGUUACUUGGUACACAUCAUUAAUGGCUGUACAAGCAUUUUCAGCACAAGUAUUAUCAAAGAUAUGGGAUUUUCAAAUAUGGAAUCUAUAUUGCUCAAUAUCCCUUCUGGAUUCUCGGCCAUGAUACUUGUUUUGAUCACAGUUUACUGCAGCCGUCGAUUUAAUGAAAACAACUACGUUGGAGCUCUAGCGUGUGUCGUCUCUUUCACCGGAGUUCUGUUGUUGACGGUCCUUCCUAGAGGCGGAGCUAUGCUUGCCGGGAUCUUUUUAGUGACCACGAAUCCAGCAUCAGCGAUUGUUUUGUCAGUCAUUUCCAACAAUGUCAAUGGCUAUACAAAAAAAGUGUUUUAUAAUGCAGCGUACCUUGUUGCCUAUUGUCUCGGUAACUUUACCGGACCGUUGAUGAUGCGACCAGAGCAGGCUCCACGCUAUUUGGGCGGCAUGAGCGGUUUUAUGACAGCAGCACUAGCUUCUGCUGUUCUUUUCCUAUAUGGACGAUGGACCUAUGUCAGCGAUAAUCGUUACCGAAGGCAUUUGAAAGCAACAGAGAAGCUACCAUCACCAAUAGAAAGUGGAGAGCUAGUAGAUCUCACAGAUAGACAAAACCUAGAGUUUUUGUAUCGUCCGUAA